AUGUUGAGACCCGGUGCGCUCGGGUCUUUGGCCUGCGCCCUGCUCCUGGCGUCUGUGGCUGAGACGGAUCACUUCCUGAGCCGGAGAAGUGCCUCACAGUUCCUCCUCCGUCGGCGCAGAGCCAACUCUCUGUUUGAGGAGAGCAAGAAGGGAAACCUGGAGCGGGAGUGCAUUGAAGAGCUGUGCAACAAGGAGGAGGCGCGGGAGAUCUUUGAGAACCAGCCUGAAACGGAAUACUUCUAUCCCAAAUAUGUUGUUUGCCUUGGAUCACACAGAGUUGGCAUUAAUAAUCAGAGCCCAGAUUCAGCCAUCCCUUCAAACCUUCGUACAUGCGUCAAUGAGAUCAGUAACCAGUGCAGCCCGUACCCCUGUUAUAAAGAAGGCUCUGAGCGCUGUGAGGAUGGACAGGCCGCCUUCACCUGUGUCUGUAAACCUGGCUGGAAGGGCCUCCGCUGUGAAGACGACAUUGAUGAGUGCACAGAUCCUGACCAUCCCGUCGGCUGUAACCAGAAAUGCUACAACUUCCCCGGGAGUUUCCGCUGCAUGUGUGAAGAGGGAUUCUUUAUCAGCGAUAGGGUCAACUGUGAGGAUAUUGAUGAAUGCCGGAUGUAUCCUCGUAUCUGUGAAAAACCGGCCAAAUGUGUCAACACACCCGGAAUGUACGAGUGUGAAUGUCCCACAGGAUUCAAGUACAAUUUUAUAUCGAGAACUUGCGACGAUGUGGACGAGUGUGCUCUAAACGUGUGUGAUGACAAUUGCAUAAACACUGUGGGCAGUUACUCCUGUUACUGUGAUGGAAGAGCAGGUCUGCGUCUGGCGUCUGAUCAGAUCCACUGCGACCCCAUCCCCGUGUGUGUGGAGCUGUACGACCACAAACACCCAGAGAUGCUCUACCUGGGGGAGCAGUUCGCCACACUCCCUGUGAUCUACCUGCGCUUCAGACUGCCAGAAAACACCAAGUUUGCAGCAGAGUUUGACUUCCGCACAUUCGACCCAGAGGGAGUGGUUCUGUACGCGGAGUCUUCCCAUGACUCGUGGUUCAUGCUGGGGCUGAGGGCCGGCCGCAUCGAGGUGCAGUUCAAAAACCAACACACCUUCAAAGUCACCAGUGGAGGCAAAGCAAUCAACGAUGGACAAUGGCACGUGAUCUCAGUGGAUGAAUUGGAGAGCAGCAUCAGUGUGAAGAUAAGUAAAGAGGCGGUGAUGAGCAUCAACAGUCCUGAGAGUCUGUUCACAUCCGUCAAUGGGAAACUGGAGACCAAAGUGUACAUCGCUGGAAUGCCCAACAGAACCGACAACGUCAUCAAACCGAUUAAUCCACGACUGGACGGUUGCAUUCGUGGUUGGAACCUCAUGAACCAGGGCGCGUCCGGAGUGAAGGAGGUCAUUCAGGAGAAAAAGAGCAAACACUGUUACGUUCAUGUGGAGAGAGGCUCCUUCUUCAGCGGCGCAGGACUCGCUCACUUCAACAUUGACUACACUGAUGAGGACCAAUGGAACAUUGACGUCCAGUUGAGUAUCCGUCCCUCUGGGAGCACAGGAGUGCUCUUUGCUUUAGUCCAAAACAACACUGUCCCGCUAUCGCUAGCCGUGCUCACAAAAGAUGAAGAGGAUGCUAACUUGCAGGUGUUUUUGGAUGGCAUAUCUGUGGCAACACUGGACACUAUGAUGUUGUGCUAUCCGGAUCGAGUGAUGGUGCGACUCAAUGUGACGUCAACAGACAUCUACAUCACAGCAAACUCCUCGUCUGUGUCCUACAUUGCUUCUGCUGAACUAAAGAGAGCUCUGCAGACUCUCAAUCACACCAUGCAGAGUCCUGUCAGCACCUACAUUGGGGGAAUACCGGAUGAGGUCCCAUUGCCCUUAACUCCUGUUACAGCGUUUUACCACGGCUGUUUAGAAAUCGCUGUGAACGGGCGAAGUUUGGACUUUGAUGAGGCUCUGAGUAAACACAACAGCAUCAAGUCCCACUCCUGCCCCCCUGUGUCUGUCCCCGAGACUCAACCUGACGCAGCAGCUCCUCAUGGAGAGUGA